AUGGAGCCUUUGCAGGACAUCGAGCUGAUAUCACUAGCUGAAGACAUAGGUCCGGGCAAAUACUCAAAACUGUGCAACGCUCUGGGGUAUUCCUAUGCAGUAAGUCAAUCACACAUCGUCAAACAUCUCAACAACGUCAAUGAAGCUCUGGUGGAGCUCCUCAUCAAAUGGAAUAACAAUCAAGGAGACAGCACCCAAACUCGAUCCAUACUAGCAAGCAAACUCCAUGAAUUACGACUUGGCAAUUUAGGUGAUAGACUAUCGGAAGGUAAAUAUCUACCUAACCAGCGGGACUCACAUGACCACAAGAAAACUCCAGUGCAGACUAGCCCAGGUAUGAUUAUGUUAUGGCGCCGUAUUUAUUCUAAUUAA